AAUUUAGAUGCAAUGGUUUAAAACUACUCAUAGGGAUAAAGAAAAUAUUUAAAUUAACUUCACAAUGAUAAUGUUAUUCCACGUCAUAAUUUUUGUCACCUUUUCAAGGCACGUGAUACAAUCGCAAGAAAUAGUUGUAAUCCAGUGUAAAGGAGAAAAACCUGAUGGCAGGUGCUUCUGUGUUGACGAGAAUGGCACAAAACUUUUUGGAUGGUCUUGGUGGUCAAUGGCACAAGACAUGACAUGCGCAUGCAGUAGACGUACCAAUGAAUUAAGGAAAAGAGGAACGGGUACAGUGUCACUGCAUUGUAUGCAAAAUGGGAACUUUGAAGAGCUUCAAUGCAACAGUGGCAUGUGUUGGUGUGUCGAUGAUAAAACUGGUGAACCAACCUGUAGAGCCUUUCCAAGUUCAGCAGUGACUUACCUUCCCUGUUAUAAGAAGGACCAAUUUGGAGUACAGUAUUUAAGAAGAUGCGAAAGCAAAAUGGUUGCCAGAGUGGAAUUUCUUGAAAAACUGAAACUUCAUGGUCGACAAUUUGCGUAUGUAGAUAGGGUAUUCUGCGAUGACGAUGGCACCUUUAAUAGUCGCAGCAUUGUUGGCACUCGAGUCAACUGUGUUUGGAAAGAUGGUGAAAAGUUACAAAAUUAUGGCUCGUCUAUUGAAAACUUUUCAAAGAUGAACUGCAGAUGUGCACGAGACUAUCGAAUUUAUGCUCAAUCAGGAUUAAAUUUCUUCUUCAGCUGCUACAAUGACGGAAGUUACGACAUUAUUCAACACAGUAAUGGAGAACCUUAUUGUAUAGAUGAAGAUGGAUUUCCAACCAGUUCCCUUGGUGUUAUUGGAGAUGCAAUUAAGUGUGGAUAAAUAACAUUAACAGCUGGUAAUUAAACAGCUUUUUAAUAGUAUUUUAAAAGAAAAGAAAUUCUUCAACCAUGAAUAAAAAAGUAGUUUGUACUC